UAGAUAUGGUGCGAGUUAUAUCGGUGCAUCAUUUUGCAAGUCAAAAUGUAGAAACAGUCGAACAGCCUACUGCCUGUACAGUGGCGCCUCCUAACCGAUUUCUACUGGCACUUACAAGUAACUGUAUUGAAGUUCGCGAUAUAAAAAAUGAAUCCGAAGUUCUUUUCACGUUCCCCACUGUAGAUGAAGUACUUCAAAUUGUGCAUUGUUUGAAUGGUGACUAUGUUGCAACACUGGAAACAAAGUUUAACCGUCAAAAUCGUGAAACGAAUUUUGUGAGAGUUUAUAUUAAUUGGGACACUGUUGCCACUCUUCAACAGUCCAAAAUGACUUCAAGUGGAGUCAGCUUGGGGUCAUCAGAAUGUGGAAUGGUACAACCAAUGAGAGCAAGGAUUGCUGGGAGAGUAACCCCAACAACCAAUCAGAGUGAACUUGGUAGUUUGGAAAUGGUUGAGAUUCCAGUCAAGAGAAAUCCAAACUCUAUAGAUUGUUGUCAGGUGUCUGGAAAUUUGAUUAUAUUAUCGGAAAAAAUCAUAAAUUUGUAUAAUUUUAAAGUCAGAACUCAUGAUAUUUCAAAAUUAAGAUUCAUAGAUUUUGAGGAGGCCCCAAUUUUAAUACAACUUAGUUUCAUUCCCCUGGUGGUCAAUUUCUGCGAAAAUUAUAUAUCUUGUAUGUCCAAAGACACUUUCUAUUUGUGCAGAAUAUUUAAUUCAACUCAAAAAGAUGCAAAUAAUGAACAAAAUAUUCAUGAAAAUGAUUUUAUUAAAUAUUGUCAAGAUGGUCCCAUAGACUACAAAAAACUUGUCAAAGAUGAACUUAUACAAAACAUAAAAGAAAAAAUCACAGUAAAUCUACCCAGUAUACUAAAAGAUAACAGCCUAAUACACAAAAACAACCCAUUCACUUUUUCCGACAAAGAAAUAACCGCAUCAAUAAAGCCAAACUCACCUUUGGACAACAAAAAUCAACAAUACACCAUACAAAACUUAAUACAACUAAAAUUAAUACCCAUAAUGAUAGAAAGUGGGCAAAAAUCAGUCGCCGAAGAAUUUAAAUCAGUAAUACUAAAACCAGUAUACAUCGACGAAAAUUUAAACAAAUACAAAAGCCACGAAAACGACGCCAAUUUUUUCAAGAGCGACUACAGAAAGUGUCUUAAUAGCGUUGUUUGUAUGAUAGCUACACAACAAGAAGGUUAUAUGUACCAUUUCGAUGAUUUAGAUUCUUCACUAGACAAAGAUAAUUGCAUCGCAAUCUACCCGUUUACCGCGCCGGUUUACAAGAUUGUAAUGGAGGAUUAUUUUUUGCAUGCUUUAACCGAGACGGGUUUGGAAAGUUACACGUUACGUUUCGGUCAUCAAUUGUGCCGUAAUUUUGAGGUUAUAGACAAUGUGAAUGUUGCUUGCCCACCUAUAAGUCAUUCCAUUUGUCUGGUUGGACUAAGACCGUUUUUGGGUGUGGAACAAAUUUUGUUGUCGGAAAAUAAUUUACUAUUAUUAGCCAAUUCAGAUAGUUCCCCUACGCACUCUUGUAGCUCUAAUAGCAGUUCAAACGCUAAUUUUUGGACACUAUAUAACCUUGAACUCCCCACCCCAAAAACAGUCUUCAAUGACAUAUCCAUUGUUGCCAAUGUACACCGUUUUACCUCUGCGCAGACUUACUGUCAUUUGAUGAGUGAGGCGCAUAUGGUACUGCGCAUCAGUCUGUUGUUAAAAAAAUGGACUGUCACAGAGGAUACUGUCAAAUUAAUUUUAACAGCUAAAACUAAUAUAGAUGAUGUCAUAGAAACGUAUAGAACGUCCUGUGCAUUAUUAGGAGACCAUUUUGUUAUGUGUUCCACUGAAGAACACUACUCUUUGGCCAUCCCUUAUUACAAAAUGGCGAGAAUACUACCUUCAGAAGUUUUAAAAAGAGUUAAAAAGGUACAAGAACAAUCCAACAAUACUAUAACAAAAGGUUUAAUGCACUAUUUGAGAACAAUACUGCUUGAUAUAAAAAGUGGUGUAGAUGUGGACAAAUGUUUUGGCUCUGGAAGCAAACAAAAUUUUUCUGAAGCUAUUUUGAAUUUACUUGAAGUCCAUGGCUAUGAAUAUUUACCAAAUUUGAUAUUAAAGAGUAAAAUAAUAAGGGAAUACUCUACUGAUAAGUUGAUAAAUAUUUUGACUGAAAAAAUAAAAGACGAUUCAAAUGUGGUGGAAAAAAACCUAGCAUUAACAAUACUUUACAUACAAAAAUGUAACAACACCAAAGCUUUAGAGUGUUUAUUAAAAAUCUCCAACAGCACACUUUUUGAAUUAUUAAUGGAAAAUUGGGAGCUACUUUUUGAGACCACACAAAAUCUGCAAAAUAAAUCAAAAAAUAUGACAACAUUCUCCGAAUUAUCCGUCAUAUUAAUACCACAUAAUUCCGAUCUAAUAUCAUCAGUCAUAGUGAAUUUGAUUGUUGUUAAAAAAGUGGUAAACCUCAAUAAAAUAAUUAAGGUAUUUUUGGAGUAUUUACCCAGUAGUAUUGGCAGUGACGGAAACACUGCUAGUUUUGUGUUACAAAAAACAUUGGAGCAAUACUUUGAAAAUUAUUUUUCUCGAUCAGAAAAUGCAGAUUUGAGUAAAAUUACAUAUGAAAGAGGUUCUGGUGAAGCAAUGAAACUUUUAGUACGGUCAUAUUUAUCACAAUUACAGAUUUUGCAGUUAAAAGAGGACAAAUGUAUUAAAUUCGAUUCUAAAUUAUGUAAAAAUGAUUCAAAUGAGAUAAAUACAGAGGAAGAAAGUGAUAUUCAAGACACAUUUAGUUACAACCAUAUAAACAAAAUACAAUUUCAGCAAGAAUUAAAAAAUAAAAAACAAAAAGAUACAUAUUUGUUCUCAAGUUUACGUUUUGAAUAUUUAGAUAAAAUGCCGCCUUUUCAAGUCGAAAUAACAUCAAAAAUAUAUGAAACAUGCCUUGAAAAUUACAAAAGCAAGGAUUUUACACCAAAUAGUGAAGCUGAUGUCGUUUUAAAACGAUUACAGGCAUUGCUUUGUUCUCAAACUGUACCUAAACCUAUUUUAAUGGAGGUAGCAAAUUUUUUAAGAGUCAAUGAAAAUAUUAGGGGGAGCUUCAGCUUAAAAAGCAUUAUUUUAGGCACAAAUGAAGCUGUAGUACUUUUGAUAGACGCAUGCCCACAGUGCUGUUUACAGUUUGGAAAGGAUCGUUUUACCAAAAAAGACGAAUGGAAAUUCCUAAUAGCCACCAUACAAAGACGUAUACUUAAACUAUCCCAAAACGAAACACUAAAACGAGUGUGCUUUUUCCACAAAAAAAUCCUAAAAGAUAUUCUGACAUACGUGGCAUCUUCGAUGACUUUGGACCAAUUAAUCGAGGUAUUCCCGCAAAGAUUCAGCAACACAAACCUUGAAAACGACAAUGACAACAACAAAUCGCACCAAAACGAAGAUAAUUUCGUCGAUGAUCUCGACAUUCUUAACGAAAUUCAAAAUUAUGAACCCUAUGUUAUUAUUUGUAAGGAAACAAUGCACGCUAACCAAAUCAACAAGUUAAUUACCACGACUGGACAGCAAUUGUUAUGCACACUAAACUUGUAG